AUGAUAAACCCAAUAACUCUGCUUAAUGCAAAAAUUAAAACCCCAAAGAUUUUUAGUAAACAUAAAAAAGAAGAAAAAGAAAAUAAAGAUGAUGAUGAUGUUGAGGUUAAUGCAGAAUUUGAUGAGCCUCAAUUUAUUGAUGAAUUGGCAAAUGUUCCUGUAAUGAGCAUGGACGAUUUUAUAAGUAAAUAUGUAGAUGAAAAUGAAAUGAUCGAUUUAGAAUACGAAUCUAUUGAUGAAAUCGAUGCAAUUGACUUUGAGGAAAGUAGUGUUGGUAGUAAAGAUAAAUCAUAUAUGCUCCAAAGGCGAUGGAAAGUCGUAAUAUGGGACUUAACAAUAGAAAACCUGGGUGAUGAAGAAGUGAGUGUGUUUAUAGAAAUAGAUUUUGGCACAUCAAGAGAGGAAUUUCGUGUACAAUUAGAGUCAAAAGAAUAUAUAUUGUCAAACGGAGAUCUGAAGCAUCGUUUGAGAACCCCAAUCGUACAUAAUUUGCUUAAAGAUAAACCUCAAAAAAUAAAAUUUCACCCUUCUUUUGAAUACAGAGGCUCUUAUUAUGAUAUUGAAAAAGAAAAACUUAAGCUUUCUGCUUGGAAAUACCAUAAUUUUAGACUUAACACAUUAGAUGCAAUGUUUGAAAUAAAGUUAAACACAUGCGCAAACUCCGAUCUUCAACAUCACUGUUACUUGGUGAGAAUAGGAGAGGGGCAAACAUUGGAAAAGGUUUACAAAAUUCAAUUUAAUCUAUAUUUUCAGGAAGUUUAUGAUUUUCAGCUUUCACUUGAUCGGUUUGAAAUAAAAGGGUUAUUAACUUAUGACAAUAUAAUGAAUAAAGUCAGUUCUAUGAAAAAAAAAGUCUUUGAAAAAAUUCCUAUUAAUAACAAUUCCUUAUUUGAAGUAGAUAUGACAAAUGAUUCAAGUGAAAUAUUUUCAUCAGAAUGUGUAGUUGGAAAUAGUGAAUUUGAAAAUAUCAAUAUAACUAAAUAUAGAAAUUUAUUGGGAAGCAAUAUAAAUAAGAUGAGUAAUAAGACUAUGGGAAAGCUAUUUAAUUACAUUUCUUUUAAUUAUAGUGAAAACGAAAUGGACAAUAUCUUUACUGAAAAAUCACAAAUUAUUAAUGCUGGAACAUCAAAUUUAGAAAUCUCAAUUCGUGAAAAGGUUAAUCAACAGAAAAUUGAAAAUAACGAUAUAGAUUACGGAAGAAAAGGAAUUUGGGAUACUUUCUUGAGAUUUAUUGGACUUCUGAAGGAAGAUAAAAGGGAAUACAUUCAAAACCUUGAUAGCCUACUAAUAGAAGCUGAAUUAGACCAAGCAAAACUCCAUCCUGCUAAUUGUAACCCAAGAUUAAAAAUAAAUAUAAUUUGGCCCAAUCCAUUAAAAAAUUAUACCAUAUAUAGCAAUAUACAAAAAGGAACCAAUUGGCCUAUAUGGGAAAACAUAGGAUCAAUUUAUUUACGAGGAACUAUAGCAGACUUGGAAAAUUGCUUUAUUGACGUAGAAGUUAUAGACAACAAUAAAGAUAGGGCAAUAAACUCACAAGCAAGAACCCAUAUCCCACUGAAAGGAUUGAUUGAGACUAAUACAGUUGUCGAAUCAAACCUAUAUGAGCCUUUGUGGUUAACAGAAAAAAUUAAUAAAACUGAAGAGCGAAGGAUAAUUGCUACCUGGGAGUUUGGCAUGAUAACUGGAAAUAUAUCAUUUAAGAACUAUCCUUCACAACGACAGAAAGGAAACUUUAUUCAUUUUGUUAAAGAUAGACUAUAUUUAAUGAUUAAAAUAAUAAAGAUUGAUAACAUAAUAACUCUUGAAAAUCUUGAAGAUACUAAAGUUAAUAUUUCAAUUACUCAUCAAGGAUUAACAGCAAAGUCAAAUUCCAAUGUAUGCGGCAAUCUAAAAGACAAACCAAUAGAAGAUUACAUCAUUUUUCCACUACAGUUGCCACCUAUAUCGGAGCUUUAUUUUUUUCACCUAGAAAGUUUGGGAGAGAUUUAUAUAGACUUAUGGGUGACUUCAAAUAAUCAAAGCGGUUCUAAGAUGCAACAUGCAGGAUUUACUUCAUUCACAAUUUGGGAUACGAUAUAUUCUAUUAAAGGUACAAAAAGACCAAUAUCUGAAAGAUAUAAUAGUUGUUAUACGUCCGGUUCAAAUGAAAAAUUGAAAGUUAGAGUACUUGAACAAGAAGUCCCGUUAAAAUUUCUUUUUCCGACAGAUAGAGUUGCGAAUAUUUCAUUUGAAGCAUUUAUUACACCUGAUAUAUUGUCUAUAAAACCAAAGAGUAAUCGAUCAAUUUGCUCAAAAGAUACUGGAAUUGCUGAAAAGAUUGACAUUUUUCUUAGAAGUCGCACGGAACUUUCGCCAAGCCAAGCACCAAAAGUGUAUCAGAAUGAAAAAACAUCGAUUGAAACAACAUUAAUUAGUAAGCUGGGUACCGGAACAAUUGGCAGAUUUUUUAUUUUUUCUUCCUAUAAUCACAGAGGAGAUGAACUCAUGCUUUCACAAUUUGUAAGACCAAUCCCUUCACCAAAUGGAAUAAAUACUCCAAGAGCAAUAUUCCAUUUUGUAAGAUGCACUCCUUUCAUCAAUACAAGUUUUAGAGAGCCUCCAAAAAGAACAAAAGAUAAAUUCAGUAAUGAGAUAUCUAAAAACGAUUCUUUAAAAAGAGGUAACCAAGAAUACAAAAAUGCAUAUUCGUUUGGCAAGUCACAUUAUUGGUUUACUCCAGAUUUUACACUGUUGAGUAAUGGUGGAGGGGUUAUUGACCAUUGCCUUCUACAUGUUUCUUUAUUGUUAAAACAAAAGAUUCAAGCGUUCGUAUGCAUAGGAACAAUAGCUGGGGGCUAUUUUCAUUCUUGGGUAAUGUCAUGGCAUUUCAGCGAUAUAGAUAAUAACACAUAUAUCAAAUUCUGGGAAUUAACCACUGGCCAAAUUUAUGUACUGAAGAAUAGGUUCAUUUCUCAACAAAGAGCUCGUGAGGUUACUUUAAGGUUUAGGAAGAGGGAACGUCUUUUAUCUACUGGAGUUGAGCCACAAAGUGGAAAUUUACAUUUAAAAACGAUAAAACUGCCGUAUACAAGUAUUGAUACCAUAUUUAAUGAAAUAAAUAUUUGGUAUAAUAUUCAACAAAAUAUAAGCCCAGGAUCAAUCUUUUUUGAUUUAUGGAAUGGAUCAUUAUUUAUUUCGUGUACAAAUACGCCCUUAAUUCAUAAGCCCGGAUUCAGAAUUCAACCCUAUUCGUCAUUACCAAAUAAAUCAAGUAUGAAAAAUAUGAAGGAUCUAUUAAAAAACAUACUACAUUAUGAAAUUCAAUCUCGUAGAAGUGCGCAAAAUCUUGGAACAAGAUGGAACAUGGAUCCUACAUUGAACCUUUUCUUGGAAAAAGGACUAGAAAUCGUAGAGCUUUUGGAAAUGUCAAGUGAAGAAGAAUACCCUGAUCUAAUGGCAAAAUUUAGUGAUUGGAAACUUGCAAUGGAGUCAAAAGUCCCCUCAAUGCAUCGAGUGUUAGGAUUCCCACUUUCAUUCAACCAUGCAAACCCCAAAAUGAUUACAGAAGCUAUUUUUGGGAAACUUGAGAUAUUAUUUACUAGAGAUAAAUCCGCAACAUUGAGUAUUUCAGUAAUAAUUAAUGGCUACCCAAAUAAUAUAUUAUGUUGUAGAAUAUUUAUUUUGGUCACCCAAAAAAUUAGUGAAAGAGAAAAGAAGAAAAUUUUGGAAAAACGUGAGAAAAAAAAAAUGAAAGAAAAAAUAUUUAAAAGUGAAAAAUCAGACUCAAUAAAAUUGGAUUUAAUUAAUUCUGUAAUUGAAGAAAAUAAUGUCAGCCGUGAUGCUAUCCUUGAUAAUACUGAAAUAAAGAAGGAAAGUAACAUUCAAAUUAAUCAGGAAAACACAACAAAAAUAAGUAUUGAUGGCUCGGGUCCAUUAGUAACAGCUGACUUUAUAGGGAUAUUGGACAAAGAAAAUAAGAUGAUACGUAAAAGAAGAGUUGUUUUACCUGAAGGUAGUGUUUCUGGGAAUCUUUGGAUUUCAAAAAAAAUUAAAGAUGAUGGGAAUUUUCGAUAUUAUAUUGAAGGAAUUGAAAAUUCAGUCAGUGAAAGUUUAAAUAUACCAAAAAAUAGGGUAUGUGCGACUGAAUUGAAUUAUGAAGGUCAGAGAGUUGGUUUUGCUAUUUUACCUGGUUCGAAUGGUGAUGAGAUAAGUCCUUUGGAUUUAAUGUAUGAAAUGGCUUUAAAGGUAGAUGAAUUAUUGAAGUCAGACAAAAAUUUUAUUGAGUUUACUGGUGGGGAUGCUGUGCUUGAAUGGGAUUACGAUCAAAUUUAUGAGGAUGGAGAGAAUGAGGAACCAAUAGAGUAUUUAGAGAAUGAAGAUAAUGCUGAAGUCCAGUCGGAGUUAAGUGAAAUUGAAGAAAGCCCGGACCAAGAUGAACUUGAUGAAGGCUCUGAAAAAGGUCCUGAUGAAGACAGUGAUGAAGGCCCUAAUGAAGAUGAAUCAGAAGGAAACUUAGACAAUUCUGAGCUAGAAAACAAAGAUGGUAUAAGUUAUUCAAGUUCUAGCCAUUAUAGUCCAAGAUCGAGUACAAUUUCAAGUUUAAUUGAAGAAAGUGAGCAGCAUCCAACUUCAAAGCAUUUGCUAAAGAGAGAAACAACUGAAGAUUUAAAAUCUGAUAUUUCGAAUGAAUUUUCUGAUAAUUCCGCGGAAAACGAAGUAAAAACAGUAAAGUUUGAAAACCAGGAGAACUAUUAUGAUAUUAAGAAAUUAAAAGACAGAAAUUUUAUUACCAAAAAUGAUUCAAAUUCUUCAAAAAAGAAAAAGAAUUUGAAAAGGUUUACAAAAACUGGUAAGUACAUAAUAUACAGGCGCCCAGAAUAUGAACAGUCAAAAAUAAAUAGGAGCAAAGAGCUAAAUAAUUCUAGUGUAAAUAGUAGUGAUUUAUCAGUGUUCCCGGCUGCGACUUUAGCAAUAAGCUUGGCAAGAGGGCAUUCUGAGAUAAAGGAAACUGGAUUGUUAAAUGCUAGAAAGGAAAUAUAUUAUAACAUGGAAAAAGGCAGAUACGCCAAAAAACUAGACAACCUCGGGGAUAAAAUACUUAUGCAGUCUAGCUCAAAUGACUUACUUUCUACUAUGUUCUAUAAAGAAAAUUACAUGUUCUCUAAACAAGCACUUAUUAAAAAAAAUUCGACAAAUAAUGAAAUUAUUGGCCCGGCAAAAGUUAAUAAAAAUUCAAUAUUUAGAGGAAACUCUAUUACUAUUCGGAGGAACUAA